CGCACAAUCCUCAAAACGAUCUUUUUUUUAUAGAAAGAGCUAAAGGAUUUAAAGGUCUCUAGUUUAGUCACGCCAUUUUGGUUGUUGUGAAAGCGUAACAAAGAUGAAUAGAACUGGGAAACUCAAAUCGUCGAGUUCUGAAUUGGACCUUGAUCGGCCAAACAUUGAGGAUUACCUACCCUCUGGAUCCAGUGUUCAACAUGAACGGCAUGGGAAGCUCCGCCUUGAUUAUUUUCCCUAUUAGAAUUCUAGUGUUGACAUUAGGAUGGAUUAUAUUUCUUUCAGCCUUCAUUCCAGUGCACUGCCUCCUGAAAGGAAAUGACGACUUGAGGAAAAAGAUUGAGAGGUGUUUGGUGGAGAUGAUGUGCAGUUUCUUUGUUGCAUCCUGGACUGGGGUUGUUAAGUACCAUGGGCCAAGGCCCAGUAUACGACCAAAACAGGUUUUUGUGGCCAAUCAUACUUCCAUGAUUGAUUUCAUUAUCUUAGAACAGAUGACUGCAUUUGNUGUUAUUAUGCAGAAGCAUCCUGGAUGGGUUGGAUUAUUGCAGAGCACUAUUUUAGAGAGUGUGGGGUGUAUCUGGUUCAAUCGUACAGAGGUGAAGGAUCGAGAAAUUGUGGCAAGGAAAUUAAGGGAACAUGUCCAGGGAGCUAACAAUAACCCUCUUCUUAUAUUUCCUGAAGGAACUUGUGUAAAUAAUCACUAUACAGUCAUGUUUAAGAAGGGUGCAUUUGAACUUGGCUGCACAGUUUGCCCAGUUGCAAUCAAGUACAAUAAAAUUUUCGUAGAUGCUUUUUGGAAUAGUCGAAAACAAUCAUUCACCACUCAUCUCUUGCAAUUAAUGACAUCUUGGGCUGUAGUUUGUGAUGUUUGGUACUUGGAGCCACAAAACUUGAAGCCUGGAGAGACAUCCAUUGAAUUUGCAGAGAGGGUGAGAGAUAUUAUCUCACAUCGUGCUGGGCUUAAAAAGGUACCUUGGGAUGGAUAUCUGAAGUACUCUCGCCCCAGUCCAAAACACAGAGAAAGAAAGCAACAAAACUUUGCUCAGUCUGUGUUGCGGCGCUUAGAGGAAAAAUAACGCUUUCUCCUUCCCUUCUUUCUACUAUACUUGCAUUUUGUUUAUUUAGAUCUUACAUGAAGUUACCUGAUAAAUAUUUUCAUGAUUUGUUGCACUCUGAUACGGACAAAUUAAUAAGAACUGACUAGUUUUAGGU